AUGUUCCUUCGUCGACUUUUAUCCGCGCCUAGAGAAUGUGCCUUGCUCAAGAAGCCCAGUCAUAGGAAUAUCUAUACUGCGCCUUUCAGCAGACCUCUUGGUGCCGCCUUGGGUCGCAAUGCCUUCCACUCCUCCAAUGGAAAGUUUGAACAGCAAAUUGCAUCCCCAGAUGUAGGGAAACCGGUACAGCAGGGCAAGUCAGGGUCGCCCAGGGGAAUGCGGAUAUCUCGAUCCCCGGCCGGGAAGACUUCCUUACGGCGUGCAGCUGUUGAAGCGCAAAUAUCGAAAGAUGUCAGGCGACAACCGACGUCACCGGAAGUACUCUCGCCUGAGCCAAAGACUGUCACCGCAUAUGCUGUUGCCGAGCGGUUCGAUAUCGCCAAAGUUAUGGAAAUACUCCUAGCGAAAGGAUACGAACCCGAUCCCCUCGAAACCGGGCUCUACCCGCAAGUCAUCCACAUUCAAGUCCCUCUUGAUUCGAUUCGACGGACAACAAGCUUGGCAUCCUCAGAUCUACCUUCUGAGGAGGUUGGGGAUAUAUUUAUAUUCCCUUCUGGGACCCUCGUGUCGUGGUCCCUUCCCGAGACGUUUGCGUCAUACCUAGCAACGACCGUGCUAUUACCGGCAGCUGAAAAUCCGCACAUAGAACGAAUGGAGACGGAAGAUCUCGAUUAUAUAGAGGAUCCCCAGAAAGACAACAGUUUUAUGAAGGGCGAUGUAAUAAUCCUUGGAACAAAACCUAGCGCCGAGGACCAGAGGUUGCUAGAUAGCAAGCCCGCGAAUCGACCGUCGGUUGACACGGCACUCACAAAAAUCGCAUUCUCCUCGGGCCUUGCACGAAGUACAAAGCUGGCCGUAUUGGAGAGCCUGCUACUAAACUACUUUGACUCCACGCGAAAUAUACCCACACAGCUAUCGAAGGGAUCUCGCCUGCCGUACACACGAAGUUUCAUAUUACGAAAGACCGGACAACUACUCAGUCUACGAGCACAGUUAAACCUUUACUCGGAAUUGACAGACUCCUUGCCGGAUAUCUUUUGGGAUAGCAGACACGAACUUGGAUUGGAAGGAAAUUACGACCAGGUUGGAAAAGCUCUUGAUGUUGGAAUUAGGAUCAAGGUAUUGAACGAGAAAAUGGACUAUGCGCAAGAGAUUGCAAGUGUCCUGCGCGAGAGAUUGAGUGAGACCCACGGACUCCGGUUAGAAUGGACGAUCAUUCUUUUGAUUGCUGUGGAGGUUUGCUUCGAAGUUUUAAGACUCUGGAAGGAGAGAAAACAAGAACUAGCGGCUGCUGCAAAUGAAAAGGAGGAGAGACUUGUUGAUGAGAAAUCUCCCUCUGUUUAA